GGUCAGCUGGGUGUGGUCGGGCGAGACCACACAAGGACGGAUACCACAAUCCUCGUAUAUAAACGUCCGCAGAGCUUCCUACGGCAGACCACAGCUACGACACCAGUCCGACGACAUGACUCCUCUGUUUUUGCUUCCGCUGCUGGUGGCGGGGUGCGUGGCGGCUCCUACUGACGACACCGUGGCUAUCCCAGCCGUGCCCCUGGUUGCGCCCGUGGCAGCCGUCCCUGGCUACGCUGUCCAGGGGUCUAUCCACCAGGUGACACAGACCAUCGAUGCCCCCACCCUGAAGAGCCUUCCCGUGGCCCCCGUGCCUGUGGCCCCUGUGGCACCUCUGGUUUACUCCAACCUCAACCUGGACCUCAAGGCGCCUGUGCCUCCUGGCGACGCUCCCGCCCCAGAUGUUCUAGUUCAGAGGACGGCCGUCAAGGCGCUAGGCCGCAGCGCCGUGGCCUACACCCCCCAGAUCAAGGAGGUUCAUCCUGAGCUUAAGAUCACUCAAAAGAAAUUCGACGUCGCCGUGCCCAAACCUGUCUACGAGACCAAGGAAGUCACUCCCAUCCAAUACAAAUACGUGCCCGAGCCCUAUGCCGUGCCCCAACCAUAUGCCGUGCCUCAGCCAUACGCCGUGCCCCAGCCAUAUGCCGUGCCCCAGCCAUUUGCCGUGCCCCAGCCAUAUAACGUGGUAUUUGCCUAACCUGUUACUACCGUGAACGCUAUUGACCCCCCCCCCCUCCCUCCCCGCCCCUCUUGCAGUGACUUACGAAGCCAUCGUCACUGUCUCUAGCUCCGGGUCUCCUUCGGGAGGCGGCGUCAGCUCCCACUAGUGUCGUCGGGAGAGUGACGCCGAAGUCCCGAUGUGUAAACAUUCAUCACUAUACUACUCGCAUGCUGUAACCUUUGAGGAAUAAAUCUAAAUUGAUCACUAUAA